AUUGCAAUAUGUUCUUGGAAUUGGAGCCGUCAUCACACUUUCCCAUUCAAAGAACAAUCACCAGCUCCACCUCUCACCACUCGAAAACUCUCACUCCAGCUCGCUUCAAAUUUCUUCUGGGUUUUUGGGAAAAAGCAAAAGAACCCUUAAAUUUCUGUGGUUCUUUAAAGUUUAAGCCAUAGAAUAUAGAAUGUGUGAAUGUUUAGUUUUCUGUUGACAUGAAAAUCUGAUGGUUUCUGUUAGAUAGAUUUUCGGAUUGCACAAACAGUUUCUCUGUAAGGUUCCGAUUCCGGAAAACUACCCGAUUUUUGUUUUCAAGAAUGAGAGAAUCAAACCCAUCAGUGAACCGGGCGAAAGCGCCGAAAUUUGCCGAUCAAAAUCUGAUACCAAAGCCUCAAAGCACCAAAGGCAAUGGCAACCCUUCAAAGUUGCGGUGGGGAUCCCAAAUAGUAAAGGGCUUCUCAGCGGACAAGAAAAGCCAGGCACAGCAGGCGACGGUCCAAAUCAAGAAACAGCCGCUUACCAGCUCCGACGCCACGAACCAGAAGAACCCAAUUGUGCCUUCCCACUCACGCGUCAAGCGGUCGCUAAUCGGCGACUUGGCUUGCUCGAUGAAUGCCAGUCAAGUCCACCCGAACGUGUACCAGACACACCGGAGGCAGUCUUCGCGCGAUUUGUUUAUCGAGCUGGAUCAUCUGAGAAGCCUGCUGCAAGAAUCGAAGGAAAGAGAAUUCAAGCUACAAGCUGGAAUUUCAGAAUGUCAGAGAAAUCCAAAAGUGUUGGACCUUGAAAGGGAACUAGAAGUGAAGAAUGGUGAACUCGAUGAUCUUGUUCGGAAAAUGGGGUUGUUGGAAGCAGAGAAAACGAGCCUUUCGGAGCAGAUUUCAGCGCUAACUUCGAUUUCGGAGGUGUCCAAGGGUGAAGACAAUGAGAGUUCGAUAGCAUUGUCGUCGCAAGGCCUUGAAAUGGAGGUUGUGGAGUUGAGGCGCCUGAACAAGGAGCUACAGCUUGAAAAGAGGAACCUUGCUUGCAGACUUGCUUCUGUGGAGUCUCAGUUGGCUUCUGUUGCUAAGGCUUCCGAGAGUGAGGUUGUUGCAAAAAUUAAAGCUGAAGCAGCUUUGCUAAGACACACAAAUGAAGAUUUGUGCAAACAAGUUGAAGGACUACAGAUGAGCAGAUUGAAUGAGGUCGAGGAGCUUGCUUACUUGAGGUGGGUGAAUUCGUGUUUACGAAAUGAGUUGCGCAAUUCAUGCUCAACAGCGAGUUCUGAUAAGUCAUCUAGCCCCCAUUCAAUUGAGAGGAGUGGUGAAUCUAUUGGAUCGUUUUCUUGUGGAAGCAAUGAGUACUUAGAAUGUAGUAGUGCAAAGAGAUUAAACCUGAUAAAGAAGUUAAAGAAAUGGCCGAUUAGUGAUGAAGAUUUGCCAAAUUUAGAAUGCCAAGAUGGUCUUGUAGAUAAAAACUGGGUUGAUUUAGAGGAAAUCAGAAGUCCUAGGAGAAGACACUCUAUCAGUGGAUCCAAAUGCUGUGAAGAAGACCUGGUACCAAGUACGAGAAGGCAGUCUGAUUGUUUUGUAUGUACAAAAGACAUGGAAAAGGAAGUAGAGCCAUUAGCCUCUCAAAAAUAUCAUUUGGAUAUGGUUCGACCACAAGUUUUUAGAAACUGCCAAGAAGCUAAUAAAAUUUCAGUUUCUUUAGAUGUUGAGAAAAGGGCUUUGCGAAUCCCAAAUCCCCCUCCAAGGCCUUCAUGUUCCAUUUCUAGUGGACCUAAGGACGAAGUUUCUGCUCAAAUUCCACCGCCACCACCACCUCCACCUCCCCCACCACCUCCCAAGUUUGCAGUGAAGAGUACUACAGGAGUGGUCAAGCGAGCACCGCAAGUUGUCGAGUUUUACCAGUCACUCAUGAAGAGAGAUUCUAGAAAGGAUUCCUCAAAUGGUGGAAUUUGUGAUGCCCCGGAUGUUGCAAAUGUUCGUAGUAGCAUGAUUGGUGAAAUUGAGAACCGAUCCUCACAUUUGCUUGCUAUAAAAGCAGAUGUUGAGACUCAAGGAGAAUUUGUAAAUUCAUUGAUAAGCGAGGUGAAUCAUGCAGUUUAUCAGAAUAUUGAAGAUGUUGUGGCAUUCGUGAAGUGGCUAGAUGAUGAACUUUGCUUUCUUGUGGACGAAAGGGCGGUCCUAAAGCACUUUGAUUGGCCAGAGAAGAAAGCUGACACAUUGCGAGAAGCAGCAUUUGGGUAUCGAGAUCUUAAGAAAUUGGAGUCUGAAGUGUCUUCUUAUAAGGAUGAUCCCCGACUACCUUGUGACAUUGCACUAAAGAAAAUGGUUGUGUUGUCUGAGAAGAUGGAGCGUACUGUUUAUAACCUUCUCAGAACAAGGGAUUCAUUGAUGCGUAAUUGCAAAGAAUUUCACAUUCCCACAGAUUGGAUACUUGAUAAUGGUAUCAUAAGCAAGAUAAAGUUUGGCUCUGUCAAGCUGGCAAAGAUGUACAUGAAGAGGGCAGCUAUGGAACUUCAGUCAAAGGCAGCUGUGGAAAAAGAUCCUGCAAUGGACUAUAUGCUACUUCAGGGAGUGCGAUUUGCUUUCAGAAUUCAUCAGUUUGCAGGAGGAUUUGAUGCAGAAACAAUGCAUGGGUUCGAGGAACUUCGCAACCUCGCUCACCUCCUUAACAAAAAGUAAAGAGAGAGAAAUAGGAUAGGGAACAAUCUUGGCUUACCACGUUAGUGAGCUUCAUGCUGAAAAUGUAUAUAAAUUUUGGUGUGUGCAAUCUGGUUGAGCAGCGUGAUUUUGAGUGGGGCUUGCUUAGUUUUUUGGGUGUAAGAAGUUUGAUGUGAAAUAGAAAUGAGUUGAGUUUGAGUUUAUAAUUAUUUAAGAUAAUGAUA